CAAACAGCUUCUGCUUCUCCAACUCUGCAGAGCACAGCUGCACACUAGCUGCUACCACUCAGAGUUUAGCAGAAUGUUGCUGAGCAGAAAAACCUUACUGGGCCAUGAAGUUGUAUUUAUGCUAAUUCUACACUGGAGUCAGUUUAUCCAGAUGAAUGGAUUGACAGUUGCUCCGCCUGAGGAUGUUGAGAUACAUGACCCUGGCCGUCUGGGACAACUCCUCAUAACCUGGAGCCCCCCAGCUAGCCUGCUCAACAGGACCGACUGCUCCCUGCGGUAUCAGCUGGAGUAUCUCAACACAUACAGAGGCAGGUGGACGGCAAUCAGGACGGUGAGGAGGAGCUACAGAGCCCAGUUUGACCUUGAGAAAGCGGUCAAGGUCAGACUGUACACGCUGUUGAAAGGAGCCUCCACUAACUACUCAGAGAUCCAGAGCAAUUUUACAGAGCUGACCCUGCAGCCCUCCAACACAGGUGUCAUUGGCUCCAGGGUCCAGGGAUUUGCCUGUGUGUUCCAUCAGCAGGAAUACAUGGAGUGUACCUGGCUCAAUGGCCCUGAGGUCCUGGCCAAGGCCCAGUACAAGCUCUACUUCUGGCAUAGUGACAUGGAACAUUCUGAGGAGUGCCCAAGCUACAUUGUUCAAAACCUGGCCCGGACAGGCUGCAAUUUAUCACAUGAUUUUCUUGAAGAGUUCACUGAUUUCAACAUCUGUGUGAACAGCUCCUCUCCGGGCGUGCUUGUGAGGCCAGCCUUCUUCUCCCUGCAAGUCCAGAAUCAGGUGAAGCCUGCAGCUGUGGAGGCGGUUGAUCUCCGGGCAGAUCCAGACGGGAAAGUUAAGCUGCACUGGGAUCCCCCCCAUGGGAGAGUCCUUGAAGGCUGCUUGGAGUGGGAGGUGGAGAUCAGUGAGGAAUCUAAAGACGGACAAUUAUUGCUGAGAACGAGUGUAACCAGAGACACAACCUUCACAUAUCUCUCCAAUGGGGACACUGAGAGGGAGUGCUUCCGGGUCAGGUCAAGGGUGCACCAGUUUUGUGCUGACAGAGGAUUCUGGAGUGACUGGAGUCAACGGUCCUGUGAUCGAGAUAUACAGAAGGUUGUUCCAGAGCAAGACCUGGAUGUGGGGGUGGUUGGUGCCGUGGUUGGCAUCACAAUAUUAAUCCUGUCACUGUGUUUGGUGGCAGGGUGGACAGUGUGUACGUCCCAAAAGAAGAAGGCCAAACUCUUCCUGUCCUCUGCAUAGGACGGGACAUUCUACUGAGCACCCCAUCUGAAGACGUGCAGCAGUCUUAACACUGACCUCUACCACUACUACUGACUACUAUAGCAUUGCAGUACUGUUAUUAAGACAUUGUCUUUAUACCUCUGACCUUAUCAGCCUCCACCACACAUCAAGGUCUCUAAGAUCGUCAAACCAGCUUUUAUAUAUACCAUGCCAAGUAAAAGGAUGCUUGUGCAUUCUUUGUUGCUGCUCCAGUGCUAUCGAAUAGCCUUUCUCUGUGCGUCCGGUCUUCCCCUCGCCUUGAUACAUUUAAAUCCUCCCUUAAGACCUGUCUAUUUUCCUUCCUGAGUCCUUUUUGAGUCUCUAUAAGGCAUUGUCAUAGUUGUCCUAUCUGCUUGUGUGCUAUGUUGUGGAUCUGUUUUUUUUAAUGUGUAGUUUGUCUCGAGUGUCAUGCUCUGUGUGUAUACUUCUGCAUUGUUUCUAUUGUAUGUCUUUUUAAACUGAAUAUAUCAGGUUGUUACCUAAAAAUCUUAUGUAUUUUUUACUUUGCUCCAGUUAUGCCAUUUAGUAAAGGGUUCACUAUUUACUCCUUAAAGCCACUGGUCUUGCCAAGCAACGUGGAAGUGUGUAUGUACUUUAAAGUGCCUCUUGAAAGUAUGUGAUUACAGUAGUUUUUACAAUAAAACAGAAAAAGACAAAAAGACCAAGUAAAUCACAUUGUGCUGCAUUGCAUACAGUAUUUUCAAUGUGUUCCUUGCCUAAAUGAAAUGUAUGUAUUAUUGUUUACAAUGCCACAGUUCUUGCCAUUACACAUUCAAGUUAUUGUAUGCUUUUUAAUGUUCAUUUAAUGUACGGGAUUACAAUUGACAAAAUAAAAAUACUAUGUAUA